AUGUCUACUAUAUUGAGAACGCCGGAAAAAUCAAACUCCGUCCCCGACUUGGCUAAUAUGGGUGGGACCUCCCCUACUAUAACCAAACAAACAAUGACACGUAAUAAGAGAAAACGUCAGGAAGAACAACAAUUAUGCCAUUUAGAUAUGGAAGAAGUCAAAAAAGAUAUAGAAAAGGAAAUAACAUUCGUUAUGCAAGAAUUUAUGCAAAAGCAAAGUGAUCAAAUGACUACAAUAUUAACGUCUCUGAAAGAUAUCCAACAAACAAGUGCAUAUGUGCAAAACACUAUUACCUUUCUCUGCGAAGAACAUUCUGAACUAAAGCAAAAAAUUGAAAACUUGGAAAUUCAGGCCAGGAAAGAUAGAGAGCAGAUAGUUUUGCUGGAGACCAAACUAGAAGAAAAUAUGCGGACAGGGAGAAAAUCUAAUAUAGAAAUAAAAAAUGUACCCCUAAAGGGCAAGGAAACGAAACAGGAUAUACUGGAAAUGGUGUUUAAGUUAUCGGAAAAUUUAAAACUCAAAAUGGACAAGACUGACAUUAAAGAUAUUAUAAAACUCAGUAAAACUAAAAAACAACAAAAUAACACUAUAAUUGUUGAAUUCUCAAACACUUUCAUCAAAAAUGAUAUUUUGAAAGCUGCAAAACAAUUCAAUAAUAAGAACAAAACUGAAAAACUAUGUGCCAAACAUUUGGGUAUCAACACCAAUCCGGAAAUACCAAUAUUUUUUACAGAGAAUUUAACUCCUCAUUCAUCCAGAUUAUAUUUCUUGGCCAGGGAUUUAAAAAAUAUCGAAAAAUAUAAGUAUUGCUGGACCAGUUAUGGGAAAGUGUACCUGCGAUAUGAUGAUGAUUCGCCUAUCAUUCAUGUAGUGAGUGAAUCACAGAUACGACACUUAGCAAAUAAGUGA